AACAUUAAACAAUUUAUUUUCGUUUUGCAUUUUCGUCAAGUUUCGUUUUUCCACUUUUCUAGCUUCGGCUGUAAACAUCGUUAAUAUCUGUUGACAAUAAAUUGUCUUAACGAUUCGUAUAUUUUUGUAUAGUUUACGAACCCGUACUGCAUGUAGUGCUUACUUAUCAAAAGUCAUUCCUUAAAAAAUAAAAAAAGGUACUGUAGUAAAGAUGCUUGUCAGAAGUGUAUCACGAAGACUAUGGAGCACAUUACGUUAUGAAAAAAGGUUUCUGUCUUCUGAACCAGCAAAACCACAACAGGAUGUCAAUUAUGGAGUGGAACCAAUUCAGUCAGAAGCCUUAGACAAAGAUAUAUGCCUGCUAGUGGAUGAAAAGGACAAUUUUAUUGGCACCGCAACGAAACGGGAGUGUCACAAGGUUGCAGACGAUGGCAGUAUCUUGUUACAUCGCGCCUUCAGUGUAUUUCUCUUUAACAAAAGAGGUGAUAUGCUCCUGCAAAGGAGAGCAAGUCAGAAGGUCACAUAUCCUGACUAUUACACAAAUGCUUGCUGCAGUCAUCCGCUGUACAUAGAUGAAAAACCUGAAGAUAUUAUCACAGCGGCUAGACGCAGAAUGAACUAUGAGCUGGGCAUACCCCUAAAUCAAAUGGAUCCGGAGCUGUUCACGUUCCUAACUCGCGUGCAUUACCACGACCCUGGCGAUGGCGUAUGGGGCGAGCAUGAGAUCGACCACAUCUUAUUCUUCCAGGGUGACGUCAGGGUCAAGCCAAACUCCGACGAGAUAUCCGAAUACUGUUAUGUACCUAAAAACGAAUUUAAUUCGUUCAUACCGACCCUUGAAGGACCGUUGACUCCGUGGUUUAACAUGAUUCGUCGUCAUCGACUGAAACUGUGGUGGGACAAUCUUCAUCGCAUUAAGGAACUCGCGGAGCCCGAUAAAAUAAACAAAUUCCUUAACGAAAAAUAAAUUAUUAAUUCUUAAAUAUUAAAUGUGUGGUUAUUAAUAUUUUUGUGGAUGGAAUUAUUUAUAUGAAUACAUAACUAUUCUUUUGAUUCUAAGGAUACUUCUAUUUUUUCUAUAUAAAUUAUAAGGCCUAGAUGCAUUUCUUAUGUUACUUAACCUUUAAUUAUGGUUAAUUAUUAUUUAUUAUUUACGGCUAAUAUCAUUUUAUUGUUUCUUAUCGGUAAUAUAUUUUAUCC